CAUGAAUCGACGAAUAGUCCGAUACCCUUUAGUGAUAUUGGCGAGGUAGACUUGGUUAGACAGGGUGUGCGACCUACUAUUGUUGAUGUGACACCGAACAAGAUCAAACCUAACCACAAAGAAAUAGAGUCUGAUGAUUUUGACAGUGAAGCUGAAAUUGAGGAUGAACAAUGAAGGAAAUCCCAAAAGAAAAAGGUUAAGGACCCUAUCACAAAUAGAGUCACAAAGAAGUCCCUUGAAGAUGAGGAGUCCAGUAAAAAAUUCAGGAAAAAUUCAAUUCACGAGUGCUUAUGCAUUGCUAAAACAAUUUCAAUUCAAAAGGGAACAUGUUUUAGCUGCAUGUGGGGAUAGUAGUAAACAUGAGACAAUGAAAAAGGGCAAGAUGCCGAAAAAGAAGCUGACAAGAGUUGACGAUGAAGGUCAAAGGAAAAUGGCAACCAAGAAGAUAACAAACAUGAAAGACCGUGAGGAUCAAAUCAAGAUGCCAACAAAAAACUGCAACGAAGAAAAUCAUCUAGUCAAGAUGAAAGCCAAUGAACAUGAGGGUCAAAGUGGGAAGAAGCCAUCCAGGAAGAAGGUGCCAAUGAAGAAAUCAAAGGUGGAAGAUGAUAAAACCAAGAUGAAAACCAAUGACGCUAAUGGUCAAAGCAAGAAGCCGACCAAUAAGAAGAUGCCGAUGAAGAAAUUGAAUGAAGAAGAUGCUAACGAAGAAGAACAUAAGAUUGAGUCUCUUAUCCCAGCUAUGACUUUGGAUGAAUUCUUUGAAAAAUAUGGGAUAUCAUUGGAUGAAAAUGAUGAAGAAUAUGAAUAUGAUUAUGAUGAUCACAAUCCAAGUGUUGGUGAUAGUAAUGAUAGUCAACUCGGUAAUGCCUUUAUCCCUUUUUUUCAAUAGCAAAUAGUGAAAAAC